AUGACCAGUACAUUCGUUUUAAGACACGCAGUGUUUGCGCUGCUAGUGUCUUGUGUGUGGGCGUUCGACGCCAGUUCCCAAACCAACGUUGCUCUUUAUUGGGGACAAAAUUCUGCCGGCUCCCAGGAGAGUCUGGCCACUUAUUGUCAAAGUGAUGCUGCCGAUAUUUAUCUUCUUUCCUUUAUGACCAGUUUCUCCAACGCAGACACCCUUCCUACGUUGAACUUUGCCAACGCUUGCACCAGCAAGUUUUCCGACGGUUUGCUUGAUUGCGACCAGAUUGCCGAGGAUAUCCAGACCUGUCAGGGUCUUGGCAAAAAAGUGUUCCUUUCUCUUGGCGGUGCUACUGGUAGCUACGGUUUCAGUUCUGACUCUGAUGCCGAAGGCUUUGCUACCACUCUGUGGAACAUGUUUGGAGGCGGGUCUGCCGACGAGAGACCGUUCGGUGAUGCCAUCAUUGACGGUUUCGACUUUGACAUCGAAAGCGGCGAGUCUACCGGCUACGCUGCUCUUGCUACCAAACUGAGAGAAUACUACUCCCAGGACUCUUCCAAAGACUACUACAUUUCUGCUGCUCCACAAUGUGUCUACCCAGAUUCCUACACCGGCGACAUGCUUGCCAACGCCGACAUCGACUUUGCGUUCAUCCAGUUCUACAACAACAACUGUGACGUUGAUAAGCAAUUCAACUGGGACACCUGGGCCGAUUUUGCUCAAAACACCAGUCCUAAUAAGAACAUCAAGCUGUAUCUCGGUUUACCUGGUGCUUCCAGCGCUGCUUCCUACGGUUACGUUGAUGUGGAUACCGUCAAGUCUGCUCUUGAAAGUCUCGAUGCUACCAACUUGGGUGGAAUCAUGCUUUGGGACGCUUCGCAGGGCUUUUCCAACGAGGUGGACGGAAAGACUUAUGUUGAGGCCAUGAAGGACUUGUUGGAGGAGACUUUCUCGAGCAUCAGUGCGUCGAGCGAGUCUUCGUCGACUGUGUCUAGCUCCAGCGCAUACUCCAGCGCAUCUUCCACUGAGGCUUCCACUGUUUCCUCCACCGAGGCAUCCUCUUCAACCGCAGAGUCCUCCACCUCUGCCACCUCCUCUACUGAGUCUUCCACCGUGAGCUCCUCUUCGGCCACUGCUGCUUCUUCUACCGAGUCUGUUGCCGCUUCCGAAGCUGCAAGCUCCUCCAUUGAGGCAACCACUUCUUCCACUUCUUCCACUUCUUCCACCUCCACCGCAUUGAGCUCCACCAGUUCCAGCUCCACUGCUACCCCACAGGCACCAGCUGUUGUCUCUGAACAGCCUGCCCCAACAGUUGUCUCCGAGCCAACCUCGACGCCGGUUGCCGCAUCCGUGCCAACCCCAACUUCUGCCGCCUCUGAGCCAACCCAACAGGCCCCAGAAGUCACAAGCUCAACCUCCUCCACCCAGACUGUACCAACUUUCACUGCCACCACACUCUCUACACUAACAGUCGGCUCAAGCACCUCGACAUCCUCUACUGCAACCGCAUCUGCCUCUGCUGCAUUCACUGACUGCUCUGCCCUCUCCGGCAAGGACAAGGCUGCCUGUCUGAACAAAAACUUUGACAGCGGUCUGUACACCGGGUCUGCUGACUCGUGUUCCAUCGAGGGCGAGACGGCUUGCUCUUCAGACGGAUCGUUCGCCAUCUGUAACUUUGGCAAGUGGGUGAAAAUGCAAUGCGCUGCAGGUACCACAUGUUUUGCAUACGUCCAAAACUCCGAUGUGGAUAUUGGAUGUAACUAUCAGUCACAAAAAAGCUCGUUCACAAAGAGAGACGGCUAUCUCGAUAUUUUCAAAAGAAGCCCGGCCCAUGUGCACCACGGACACAACUAA